UUAAACAUUGUAUAGUCAAUGUAUAUACACAAAUAUAAAGUAUUUGAAUGUCUAUUUAUAUAUUGCUGGCAUAAUAGAUACAUUGAAGUGUGCAGGGAGCAAAGUGUAGCCUGAUGAGAGCUUCGUAAAACGAGGGAUUUAUUCUGGUCUCUAGGAUUAAACACCUUUUCAGCUUGGGACGGAUUGUGAGAAACUGUUGUAAUGAGACUAGAUGUGAGGGGACUAGAUGUGAGGGGCUAGUUGUGAGAGAAUAGUUCUGAGGAAUUGACUGUGUGGAAUUAAUCACGAAGGACUAAUUGUGAGGGACUAGAUGUACGGGACUAAUUGUGAGACUUGUGAGAGACCAACUGUGACGGGCUAGUUGUGAGGUACUUAACUUGACUGACUAGCUGUGAGGAUAUAGAUGUUCAACGCUCAAAUCUUUACUUUUGACCACAUUGGAAGACAUAGUUUUCCGAAAUUUCGAACAGUUUUGUUUUCAUUGCUUAAAAUAUUGACUUCCACAUCCAGAUCCACCCAAGUAAACUGGCGGAAGACAUUGCGAUGGUACAUAUCAAUCAGACUGGCAGCUUUCAAGAGUUGAACGGUUCCAAUGCCACUGGAUUCUGUAGGAUUUUCUCCGACUUCGCCGACAAGACAUCGCUAAAUGGCGUCCAGUUUAUCAAGGCAUCGUCCAGUCUCCCCGUCAAAGUCAUUUGGUCGCUGUUGUUGUCUGCUGCUAUUGGAGCCAUGAUCUUUCACCUCUACAGCAUGUUUACGAACUAUUUCGCUUAUACCAAACAUUCUCAGAUUGACCUGAGUUUCAGCAAACUUCCAUUCCCAGCUGUGACGGUGUGUAAUGUCAACAUAAUGAGGUCAUCGCAGAAAGACAAAGCUGGACAAGCCUUGCGUGAUCUGAUCAACGCCAUCAAUCCGCAACAGAUGAUGGAAAAGGCAAAAGACUGGAAACCCACUAUGGACUACAGCUCCGGUGGUGACGCUCGCAGGAUGGAUAACUUCUUAGACAACUUUAGCAUGAACAUGAGUUUUACUAAUGACAGAAUGGAAGCCCAAAACACUUAUUUUACUGAAACUUGCAAAGACUGCUGGGAAAAAGAAUCCACCAGUUCCAGCUCCAAUACCGUCGAGUACAACUUCAGAGAACUGUUCAACCGUGAAAGCGAGACCACUCGUGACAUUCUAGGGCACCAGGUACAAGACUUGAUACAACAGUGCUCCUUCGCAGGCAGGAAGUGUAUGCUGACCAACUUCUCUCGUCUGCACUCCACGAGUUAUGGGAACUGUUACGUAAUAGAGUACAACAAGUUUAUUUCCCGUAAAAGUGGACCGGAUGGAGGUCUGGAGUUGACACUGUUCUUGGAGACGGACGAGUAUAUUCCAGGAAUCACCAACGGAAGAGGCAUUCAAGUAGUCAUACAUCAGCCGGGUACUGUCCCCUUUCCAAAAGAUGAAGGAAUAGCAGUCGCUGCUGGAUCUCAGACUUUUAUUGGGUUACGAGUGGUCAAAGUGACACGUCUUGGGGAGCCUUAUAGCCCUUGUACAUCCACAGACAAUUUUGUGACAAAAUACAGUAAAACAUACACAAGAAAUACGUGUCAAAAGAUCUGCCAGGAGAUGUCAGUCAGGGACAAGUGUCAUUGUUACGAUGAGUCGGAGCUGGAGCUGUAUGACGUCAUAGAAAAUCCGACAGGUCUCAAACCGUGUCGGAACAUGUCACAGUUAAUGUGUGUUUCCAAAGUGGUGUUCCAAUACGAUGGUACAGACUCCUCCUGUGAAUGCAACAAUCCGUGCAGUGAGACAGUAUAUGCAAAGUCAAUAGCGUCUCGUCAGUGGCCAAGUCCCUCAUAUGCUGAUUUGCUGAUUCAAGCCAUAUGCCAGGAAAAACCAAACAGCACCUGCUCAGUACUGAAGAACAAAGAUAACCUUAACAAACUGGAGGACUUCAUCAAGCUCAAUAUUUACUUUGAAGAUCUGAAUUAUGAAGAACUGUCAGAACAGGAGGAUUACACGACCACACAGCUUCUCUCUGACAUUGGUGGUACCAUUGGACUUUGGAUCGGAUUGUCAGUCUUGAGUUUGUUUGAGUUGGUGAAUCUUGUCACUGAGCUGAUUGCUUAUCUUUUUUGUAUUAAACUGGGCAACCAUUGAACCGGUGUACCGACAAUUUAUGUAACCACCUUUUUUUUUUUAAAUUGUGGAGUGUCCUUCAUGGUGUCGUCCCUCUCCCCUUAUUCGAUCAUUUGUAAUUUUAUUGUAUAAUAAAACACUGAUCUAAAUGGUUACUGACGGUUAUAUAUUCUCGUAUUUUUACGACAAUUUAUUAAUAUUUAUGAAGUAUAUUACAAUUUGAAGAUUAUUGAGUCCAUUUGAAAACAUCUUAUAGUUUUAAAAUAUUGAAGCCUAUCUCAUUGAACUGUUGGCUCAUAUUUCUCACGGUUAUGGCCAAACUUUGUCACGGUGCCCCCGCUGCGGGGCAGAAGAGGAAACCGUGCCUCAUAUUCUGUUUGACUGCCCCAGACUUGCUGAUCUCCGCCUCAACAGGUCUGGGAAACCAAAACUUCUCGACCUGUAUGGUGACAUUUAUGCACUACGCAAGACAGCAGGGUUUCUGUCCAGGGCUUUUGCAAGACAGGAUUUGAGCCUCUAAAGUCCUCACUCAAAUGGAGUUUGAUGAUGAUGAUGAUGAUAAUCUCAUAGAACUGACUAAUUGUAACAUUUCAUUCAUCUGUGCUGAAACUUAUUUUACUGAAGUAAAUGCCAUUCCUUCCAUUACAUCAUUAUCUCUAGAAAUCUCCAUUUUCUUUCAUACUUUCUAAUUCUAUGGAAUUUACAUUCAUGGGAUGUGACAUUUUGGUAGUACUCUAUGUCAGAUAACAUAUCACGUGAUACAAGUUGACAAGCUCGACCUCCCGGUGUAAACGUGCUAGCCACCAAGUCAAAGUUUUGACUCCACACAUUCACCAAGCGCCCACAAUAACCACACACACACAAUGAUUCUAAUAUACGUAAUAAAUUUAUUUUAAAAAAAAAAACAAUCACAGAAGCGUAUUACGAAUUAUCAUUUUAUUUGAUAUUUUGAGGAUAGAAUUUUUUUUUUAGUUACUUCCCUUGAGUUAUACUGAACCAGUCUUGUAGCAUGUUGUUUAUCCCCCUUAAUAGCAACUAAAAAAAUAUUUUAAAAAAGUCAUAUCAAAUAGGUAUUUGUACAUUGGAGACUGCUAAGCAUAUUGGAUAGCACUGCUUCCCUCGUUAUGAAAUAAAAGUGUCAAUGUACCUAACUAUCUAUAUUCUUAAAGCAAGAUUAAUAUUUUUAAUGCUCAGCUUAAAAUGAAUUGAUUUAUGUAAGUGUAAUUGUUCACUCCACUGGGAACGCAAUACUAUACAAUAUACUUACAUUUAUAUUGUAACCAUUUUAUUAUUUUGGUGGUGGUGACUAGCACAAAUAUUUACACUAUUUAUUUCCUUAAUUAUGAAGUUUUGAAUCUUAGUUGUAACAAGCUAUUAUUGAUUCGUCUGAAUGAUUGUAUAAAUGUGAAAUUUAAUAAAUUUAUUUGUAUAUACCGAUAUAUUAUGUUGCCAAAGUGUAAUAAACUUGGAUUUUUUAAAUGCUAA